AGUUGCAUUCCAUUUAAAACUCUAACCCUAAUAUAUUUUUUCAAUUCGAACAGUGAAAUAUGACACAGAAAUCGAAACUUUUCAAGGGGCAAACUAAGAAGAAAUCAAUUCCAGCCAACCGUCAUGGCAAAGUUCCUCAGAUUCGCAAAGGGAAGAGAUUCGUAAAGCCAUCCAAUUUUACAAAGGAUAUGGAUGCUGAUCGUGAGGUGAGCAAAUUCAUUAACCAUUGCAAUGAGAUUAAAGCGGCGGCUGUAGCUACAAAGGAUGGUGGUUUUCUAAGCAUUGUUAAGACAGGACAAGAGUCCGCCAGUGGCGCAGAUAAAAAAUAGUUAAUGACGGUAGUUCUGUUAACCGAAUAUAUCUUAUGAAGCAAUUGUGUAUUUGUAAAAGUAAUUUUGAUAAUCUCUUAUAUCUUUACCUUGCCAUAGUAUUUUGUAGUGUAUUUAUGGCUUCGAAUUGCUUCUUUUUUCUUUUUUCUUCUUUCUUUUGGAUAGAGGAGGGUUUUGGUUUACAAUAUUGCAGCUGUCUUAGUCUGGUUCCAUUUUUGAAGUGAUUGAGAAUGUUUUGCCACUUCCACAAAAGGGAGUUUUUAGUAGGAGGUAA